AUGGGAAAUUCAAAUCACAAACCAGAGAAAAAAAAUAAUAAAGGAAAGAAAGAAAAAGGAAAACGAAAGAAUGAAAAGAUAAAAGAUGAGACAAAUGAAAAAGAAGCAAUUGAAGAACCAACUCUACAUGAAGAGAAAGAACCUUGUACAGACACACAACCUAAUGAAGAUAAUCAAAUUGUCAAAGGAAAAGAAGGAGAAAAAGAAGAAUAUAUUGAAUUAUAUAAUGAAGGUAAGAAAAAAGUUACUCAAGAUGACUUUGAAUUAUUAAAGGUUAUUGGUCGUGGUUCAUUUGGUAAAGUGAUGAUGGUUAGAAAGAAAGAUGAUGGAAGAAUAUUUGCUAUGAAAAUAUUAAGAAAAGAUAUAGUCAAAGAACGUAAACAAGUUGACCAUACAAAAGCAGAAAAGAAUGUGUUAAUGCAAUUACAUCAUCCUUUUAUUGUUAAAUUGUAUUAUGCAUUCCAAACAACAGAUAAAUUAUAUAUGGUUAUGGAUUUUGUUAAUGGAGGAGAAUUGUUUUAUCAUUUAAAGAAUGAAAAUUGUUUCUCAGAAGAGCGAGCAAAAUUUUAUGCUGCUGAAAUUGCUACUGUACUGAUUCAUAUUCAUUCAUUAGGAAUAAUCUAUCGAGACUUAAAACCAGAAAAUAUAUUAUUAGACAAUACAGGAAAUAUUGUUAUCACUGAUUUUGGAUUAAGUAAACAACUAGCUGCUGGUGAAGAAACACAAACAUUUUGUGGAACACCAGAUUAUUUAGCUCCAGAAAUUUUAAAAGGUGUUGGUCAUGGACCAGGAGUUGAUUGGUGGAGUUUAGGAAUUUUAAUUUAUGAAAUGAUUGUUGGUAUUCCACCAUUUUAUGAUGAUGAUGUAUCAUUAAUGUAUCAAAAAAUAUUAAAGUCACAGCCUCAUUUCCCUCGUAAUAUUUCUUAUGAUGCAAAAUCUGUUAUUAUGGGUUUAUUAGAAAAAGAUCCAGCAGAACGUCUUGGAGGAGAAGAUGUUAUUCACAUGGCUUGGUUUGACAGUAUUGAUUUUGAAAAAUUAAAAAGAAAAGAAUUAACUCCACCAUGGAUUCCUCCAGUAAAAAGUCAAACUGAAACGAGCCAAAUUGAUGAAGAAUUUGUUCAAGAGGCUGCUGUUGAUACUCCCCCUUCUGAAGAACAAGAACAAAAUAAAGAUAAUACAUUUGAAGGUUUUACAUUUGUACAAACCAAUGCCAUGGAAGAACAACAAUAA